UUUUAGUAUUGACAACAGGAAAAGAAGCUGAUGUUUCAAGUAAUUCGAUAAGUAUGGACAGUGAAUAUAAACCAGUCGAGAGCUCUAAUGAGGACUAUACAAAUACGGAAGAUCAUAAUCCGUUACUUUCAAAUCAAGAUGUUCAAUUCCUUGUUUCUGACUAUGAAUUACAACAAGCAACUGCAAGCACUUUCGGUUGUGUGAUCAAUUUGGCAAAUACUAUCUUAGGAACAGGCAUGCUUGCAAUGCCAUCUGCAAUGGCAUCUGUAGGUAUCAUCCCUGGUAUUUUUCUUAUUUUCUUAUCAGCACUAGCCUCCGGUACUGGACUAUACUUCUUAUCAAGAUGUGCAGCACGUACAGAAGGCAGACAUGCAUCAUUCUUUGCUGUAUCCAAAUUAACAUGGCCGAAAGUAUCUGUAUUAUUUGAUUUGGCUAUUGCCAUCAAAUGUUUUGGAGUUGCAGUGUCUUAUCUGAUCAUUAUUGGAGACCUUAUGCCACAGGUCAUGGCAUCUUUGACAAAUCAUGCAGAUCUGGCAUAUUUUUUAACAGACCGACGAUUCUGGAUUACUUUAUUUAUGCUUGUGCUCGUGUUGCCACUUAGUUUUCUAAGAAAGCUCGAUUCAUUAAAGUACACUAGUCUAGUGGCGCUUUUUGCGGUUGUUUACCUUUGCGUCAUUGUGAUCUAUCAUUAUUUCUCUCCCAACUAUCCUCCACCAUCAUCCGAUGAUAUCGAAUACUUUAAUCUGUCCUCGAGUAUCUUUGGUCAUUUGCCAGUAUUUGUGUUUUCAUUUACUUGUCAUCAAAAUAUAUUCUCAGUUUACAAUGAGCUUCGAGACAAUAGUCGUGAAUCGGUCACGAGGGUGAUCAGUCUAUCGAUUGGCAUCUCUGCUUGUGUGUAUGAAGGCAUUGCUAUCCUUGGUUACCUUAGCUUUGGUAGAAAUGUGCUCAGCAAUAUUAUCAUGGAAUACCCAUCAAGCUAUUUUGUGGCAGGUGGACGUCUUGCAAUGGUCAUACUUGUCGUCUUUAGUUACCCACUUCAAGCUCAUCCCUGUAGGGCUUCACUUGACAAAGUCUUUUUAUUUGGUCAUGACAAAAGGCGUCCUUCUGCUUUUAAAUAUUUUACCAUGACGACAGCUAUUUUGAUCUUGAGCUAUAUUACUGCUAUUACAGUAACAAAGUUGGAUGUGGUAUUGUCCUUUGUUGGAUCCACUGGCUCGACCACUAUCUCAUUCAUCUUGCCUGGUUUAUUCUAUUAUAAAAUACAUGAAAAUGAUCCUUGGAAACCAGGAAAGAUUCUAGCAGUUGCACUAAGUAUCUAUGGUAUCUUCAUCAUGGUUUUUUGUUUGACAUUUAAUAUAAUGCGUAUAACAUCUCAUUAAAAAAAAAAAGAAAACACAACUUAGUUGUAUAUUUAUAGAAAACAAAUAAAAUCAAACUAGACCUACA